AGCAGUUGGGGUUUCAGUUGGAAGCCCUGAUUCCAAUCUGUUGAGAAGAGCAUCGGCCCCAGCUGUCUGCGCAACCCCACAAGAUAGCCCACAAAACCUGAAGCUUAUGGAUACUCUAACAGCCUCCUCUGUUUCUAGCAGGCCCUGGGUGCUCCAGUUCUUCAGAAACCUCUUUGGGAGCAGGCAUGUCACACAGGAGGGAGAAGGACCCAAGGCAAAUGCAAAGGAGAGCAAAGAUGACAAAAGUGAACUCCUUGAUACUGAAGCAACUCUGCCAGGCAAAGGGCCAGAAAACAAUACUUCUCCCAAUGAGAUCCAUGAGGGGGUGAUGGAUAGCUGUGCUAAAGAGUUAUCCGAGAUGAAACAUAUCAGUCUUGGAGACACCAUCCCUACAGAUGAGAAGAAGCUAUCUUUAUGCAACCCAACAGGUUUGGAGAUGGGAGACUCUGAAGGCUUUGCUGACUCUAUGACAAGCAACUUGGCCCAGGAUCAAUGUGAAAAAGCUCUGGUAUCAGGAGAGAAGAAAAGAGAAUCAUCUGGUGACAGAGGAACGGUGGGAAAAGAUGAAAUCGCCUCGGUCCUAUGUGUGGAUAAUGAAGAAGUCUCUAUGGCCACAGGAGGUAUUGAGGACUGUAGUGCUGAAGAUGAAAGAGAGCAUCUACUAAAAGCAGAGGAUGUCGGAGCUGAACCUCCAAAAGCAGAACUCUCUCCCUGGAACAGGCUCGUCAAUAUGUACAAGCAGCGCCGGAGGCUUCAUUCUUCAAAAGUGCCCCAUCUCCAGGAUAUUCCUGCACAACCUGAAACUGAAGAUGAAGCCACGUUGGAUCUAAUGAUAUAUGGAUUUGCGACACCCAAAUUCCAUGUUGACUUAUCAGAUUCACCUGGAACUACUUGUGUCUGUGGGCUUCCUGAAAACGAGGCUAUGGAACUGGUCGAUCACUGUGAGGCAGCACAAGGAGAUUCAAGACCAAAUGAUGAUAGAAACCUGGAGCAUCCUAAGUAGAACCUGUUAUAGAAGACCCUGCCAAAGUAACCCCGAGACAGCAACCAAUCCCACUUUGCUCGGUGAAAGAUGGUCUACUGGGAAUUCUUCUUCAUAACGCGCCAUGACUAUUUCCAAUGUAUUCUUUGUUGCUUCCUUCCUCCCUCCUUUCUUUAACUAGUAUAUAUAGACUCUUUCUUCUAUGCUCUACAGAAUAACUCUGUAAAUCCAGCAGUCGUAUACUUUUAGUGUAUAUUUCAGGUUGAUAGAUUACUCUGUUUCUUCCCAGACUCUCUCUAGUCUGUUUUUCCCCUCCUCAUUAAAAUAAGUUUUACAAUGCA